AUGGCGGGAGCGCGCAAGCUGGUGAUCGCGCGCCCAUUCGGCGCCGAGCCGCUGCCCGAAGACUUCUGCCUGCAGGAGGAGCAGGAGCUGCCGCCGCUGCGCGACGGGCAAAUCCUGGUCGAGGCGCUCUACAUCAGCCUCGACCCGUUCGAGUGGGCCUUCAAGCACCUGCACAAGGUCGGCGCCACUAUGAUCGGCUCGCAGCUGGCGCGCAUCGUGGAGAGCCGGUCGGCGGCCUUCCCGGCGGGCCGGCUGGUGGUGGGCUGCUUCGGCUGGCGCGACCGCACCGUGGCGGACGUGGGCCCGCGGGCGCACCACCCGCUGUGGCCGCCGGCGCUGCUGCCGCGCGACCUGGGCGGGCUGCCGCCGUCGCUGGCGCUGGGCGCGCUCGGCAUGCCCGGCUACGCCGCCUACUUCGGCCUGCUCGACGUGUGCGACCCCCAGCCGGGCGACGUGGUCGUCGUCAGCGGGGCCGGCGGGGCCGUGGGGUCGCUCGCCGGACAGAUCGCCCGCAUCCACGGCUGCACCGCCGUCGGGCUCGUCCGCUCCGACGAGAAGGUGAGGUGGCUGACGGAAGAGCUGGGCUUCGAGCACGCCUUCAACUACCAGACGAGCGACGUGGGCGCGGCGCUGCGGCGGGUGGCGCCCGGCGGGGUCGACGUCUACUACGACACGGUGGGCGGCGACCUGAGCUCCGCGGUGGCCGACUGCAUGCGCCAGAGGGGCCGCAUCGCCGUGUGCGGCUGCGUGUCCACGUACCGCGACCCGCGCCCGCCCAAGAUGCUGCUCAUCCCGCCCGCCGUCGUCCGCAAGCGGCUGCGCAUGGACGGCUUCAUGUUCACCCAGUGGCGCGACCGCUGGCCGGAGGCCGACGAGCGGAUGGCGCUCUGGAUCAGGCAGGGCCGGCUCAAGUGGCGGGAGACCAUCACCGACGGCUUCCUCAACACGCCGCGCGCGUUCGCCGCCAUGCUCAGGGGCGACGCCAUCGGCAAGGCUCUCGUCAAAGUCUGACCACAAACUCCAGUGCUCGAAUGUACACGCGGCUGACUGACUGUGGACCUCUCACUUUUCCCACCGAGCAGAUUCCCGAAUGUGAAAGUGACUUGAGCGUAGACUAUCGCAGCCAUAGGCAUCUCGAUCUGAGAGAGUGGCGUCGUGCAUAAGGAAUGUACUCGAACAUGGGGGUACUGCAGGUGGCCUUCAAGGAGAAACUGCAAAGUGAUGAUCUAAUGGCAGUACACCGGUGUAUAUGAGGGGCGUUCGCUAACUAACGCAACACAUUUUUUUCUGAUAGUUGGCUUCAUUCAGGUUCCAGUACACGAGGCCGGCCGGGGUGGCCGAGCGGUUCUAGGCGCUACAUUCAGGAACCGCGCGGCUACUAUG